UAUUAAUCUUAAUAUAAAAUGCCAUUAUCUUUUCUGGCGCAUGCGCUUAUUUUUCGACGAUUAUCGUUCUCUUUCACAUCUUUUUCCGGAAAAAAUAGACAUUGAUAAUAUUAUCGCAGCGGUUUUUGAUCAUUAAGGUCUUAGAAAGAAAGUGAAGUGACACGUACAGACUAUAAAGCAGUGCGUAAUGUAACGAUAAGGGCUAUACUUGUGGUGUGUUUAAAUAUGGUGGAUAACACAAGCACGGAUCACUACGAUUUUCUGGCUCACGUUUUCCAAUCAUGCUUCAUAGCGGUCAUCUCCAUCGCUGGAAGCAUUGGUAAUGCUUUGGUGCUGGUAGCAAUGUGUACGUCGUCGAAACUCCGAAACUGUACGAACGCCUUCAUAGGCAACCUCGCUAUCGCCGACUUCUUCAACUGUUUAGUAUUGCCGAUGAAUAUUGUUGCCAUUGUGUCAGUAGACCUAUGGCCUUUACACGAUGGUGUCUGCAUGAUGUCAUCUCUAGUCCUAAUAACUUGCACCGUCUCGAGCUUCUACUCUCUCGCUUCUGUGGCCUACGUCAGGUACAUUAUCGUAACAAAACCCUCAGCAAAAAUACCUACUCUUGUAAAUAACAAUAUAGCAGCUAUAUUUGUAACCUGUAACUGGAUUGUAUCUCUGACAACCGCGUUUUUACCCAUAAUAUCUGGAAUAGUACAACUUGGGUAUGAUUCUAAAUAUCAUAUCUGUCUGUGGGACACAACUGGACAUGGCCAUGUCAUAUAUUCUGGUAUAUUUGCAAUGAUUAUAAUACCAAUUCCUCUUGGCAGUAUGGCUUAUUUUUACAUUGCGAUUUAUCUAUUCAUUAAAAAAGAAGCAAAGAAGAUAACACCGACUAUGCAGGCAUCGACGCUACAAUUACAAUCUUGUUCUCAGAAUUCUGUUCCUGCUUCUAUUGUAAAUCUUCGAAAGCGAAAUAUUGACGUCACUAAAAAUUUGUUUAUUGUGGUGCUAGCGUUCGUUAUCUGUGCAAUACCACACAGUCUUGCAAUCAUCAUACCAAACACAACCGAUAUUAUACCAUAUACAGCGAUUGUCUUUAAUUGUACGAGUUGUAUCAAUCCGUUGAUAUACGCCAGGAAACUUCCUGAAUACCGACGAGUCAUCAGCCGAAUGUGCAGCUUAAGCAACCCCGAUGCUGUUCACGACAUUUCGCAAUAAGACCAGGCACAUGACAAAAACAAUCUUUUGUAGAACUAAAAUUUUUAAGAAAUAUCAACAUAACAUGUUUGCAAUACCGUAUAUAAUGAUAUUGUGUGAAAGGAAAUAGAAGAGGCAUGAGGUUUGUACUCAAUACGAUACUCAGUAUUAAUUAUAUUGUCUUGUAUGUAUAGGCCACUCACCCAGAAGGUUCUUUGCUUGUGCUCAUACAACACAAAUGCCUAAAUCGGAACAACUUAUUCCUGAGAUACACACCCACACAUUAUAUAUAUACAGUACAUAUAAAUAAAUAUUUCUAGAGUUCUAAACUUAAUCCUACAGAUGCCUAUCUUAACAUUAUUUAGUACCCGGAUGUAAAAGAAUCUUACGACAACAACAAAGCACCGAUGUGAUUAUAGCGAACAUUUCACAAUUUAUACUAACCAAUGGAGAUGUCUGACGUUUGAAUGAUGUUUGAGUGAUGAUUUUUUAUGUCAAUGUAAUCCUCGUAUUUUAAAACUUAUAAUGGUCCUUUGAUGCGCUAUUGUCAAAAAUAUCCUUGACAAAAUUAAUAAUACUUAGCCAGGGAACAAAUUAAUUUACAGAGUUGAUCUGUGCAUUCAGAAGAGAAAGCCUCAUUCAUGUAGAUACAAUUUGCCUAUUUAGGUAGGCAAUAUUUUAUUUUUCAUUUUUGCUCUCACCAUCUAAAUUAUAAUAAAAAUAGAGUCAAGUUGAUCUAUGAGGUUUGUCAACGAAUACGCCUUUAAUCACUUCAUGAUCCAGGGGUUGUGUAGGGGAAGUAAUGGCAUACUAGGUUGUGAGUGGCCCUGGUUCAAGAGUACAGUCGGGGCCCUUCGCGCAUGCAAAUUGACUCUGUCAACUGAGAUGUGUACCACCGAUGGAUUUGGUUUUAGAGUAGGGUCUUAUUUUUAUAAUAUUUUGUCAAUAAAUCUUUGGAUUUUUUUUUUUAAUUUUUAAUUUUUAGAUGUUCUCGGAGGGCAUCUUUGAAGAGCCGGUUAUUAUUUGGACUGACCAUAAUAAUGAUAAGCAUUUCUACUUCUUAUGACCAAAACAAAAAUCACAUUGGCGGUAUUUAUUGAAUUGAUGUUUUUCUUUUUAUCAUAUUAACCAGUGAAAAAUGUCAACAAUUAUCUUGUAUAUUAGUUUCAUUUACUUAAGCUAAAUACAAUGAAAUGGAUCAAACCUGAUUUCAUAGAUUAUGUGAUCAUGUUAAAACACUUAUCCUACAAAUACUUUUUAAUAUUCGUUCACUUAUAAACAAAUGCACGAAUAAAAUUUGAAAAUCCAAAUCAGAUUAUU